AUGGAUUCUUCAUCUUCUUCUUCCUCUUCGACAAAGAAGAUGAAAUCCAAAUUGUCCGUGAGAAGAAAGCAAACCAGUUUCAAGAAAUCGUCUUCCUCUGUCAACAAAAACAUUCCUUCUGCGAAAAAGAAGACGGAUAUUUCUCGGAGAGAACAGACACUUCUCAACAAAGCCUACGAGCUUUCUACUUUAUGCGAGAUCGAACUCUGCGUAAUCUAUUACAAUCGUGACGGAGAACUCAUCAAGACAUGGCCGGAAGAUCAAUCCAAAGUCAGAGACAUGGCCGAGAGGUUUAGCAAACUAAGCGACAAAGAGAAAAACAAGAAAAGCACAAACCUUUCUCAGUUCUUAAACAAGAAGAUCCACGACGAGAAGAAGAGAGAAGGAGAAGACAACAAAUUCUCGCAGAAAGUCUUGGAGAUUGAAGAUUCUUUGGAAAAUCAUUUACAGAUAUUACAAGAAAGGCUUCGUCAGGUUCUUUACCUCCACGAUCAUCAAACCGAGUCAGACCGGAGCCGCCUUGCGGUUUUAUCCGGUUCUUCAAUGGCCGAGGAACAAAAAAAUCAAAACUUUAUGGGUUCUUCUUCUUCGUCUGGCUUCUUCUCAACGGAUACAUUGAUGAAUUUAUCAAACGAUCAAACUUCAUCAAGCUUCGCAACAGAUUCGUUGAGUCAUCAUCAGAGCAAGGUCUCGAUUUUUCUGUAUAACCAUGAAAACGCUACUCUUACUCAAUUAGCUGACUCUGUUCCAAGCUAUGACCAAGCGUUGACUCCGUAUAACCAGAGGCGGGCCUGGCCAGAAGCUCAAGCAUGUGUUUGGGCCAAUUUGUGA